GUCUCCUUCCCGAUUUCGUUUUUGUCGGCUCUUCACUCCACAUGAAGAAGAUGAUCGAUACAUGAUCCAUAAACCUCCACCGCUGGUCUUGAACACUUCAAAUACCCUCAAUUUCCUGGUCCAGGUUUGUUUGGGAUAAUGCUCUCCUGCACUAGUGGUAUCGUGGUUCUUUCUUACCUAUCCCUUCUCUCCACGACUGCUGCUGGUUCAGCAUCGGAUCCCCUCUCCGAGCGAGACACCAGCUUCACCCUUGACGAGCCACUUCUCGCCGUUCAGAUCGGCGGCAUCAUCGCGGCCUAUCUGUUCAGUGUUAUCUUUCUCCUCAGCCUCCUUCUCGUCGUCGGCCGCCGCCUGCGCCGCGCCGUCCUCUCCUCCAACUACUCCCUCCAAGUGCAAAUGUUGCAACCCAUGAAACCACCACCGAGCAUGGACCCCAGCCCCAUCACCCCGAUAAGCGUCCACCUCCCCAGUCCCGGUGGAAUAGGUCCGGGGACAAUUCCAGCGAUCCCCGAGUAUCACACCGGCAGUACUGCAACAACCCGCGCCAAUCGCUCCUGGAGCACCUUCAGCAAGCACAGCGGCUCGCACAAGAAGUCGCAGUCCCAACUGUCCAACCCCAGCAGCAGCAUCAGCCUGGCGACCUUCGACGAGGGCGUCGUUACCUCCGACAGACGCAAGGCGCAGGCGGACCUGGAGAUGCUCUAUGCGGCCGUGAUGGAGCAUGACGAGCAGAAGAAGGUCGCUGGAGCCCACGACGUCUCGCCCACGGCCGUCUCCGUGGCCAGCAACCCGUUCACCGACCCGCCUGCUGCUCUUCCGGCGCACGCGGUCCCGACGUCGCCUCGCACGCCGUCUCGGUUAUCGAGAAUCUCGUCUUCACUAUCGCUGUUCUCCAGUCGAGAUCAAUCAUCGACGUCGCUGUCGCAUGUAGCUGCUGGCCCUCCCUCCAAGGGUGGAAGUAGCAAUGGGGCAAGUGGUGGAAGACUUCGCUCGCCGCGUCUGGCGCUGCCCUUGCGCAAGAUGUCGAUCUCGUCCCCGAUCACUUCGCCCGGGUAUGCCACUGCCAGUGAUCCCCACAAGAACGAGGAGGACGAUCCGUAUGCUCACUCGCCGUUGACGCCAAGGAUCUACAACCCCCCGCCGCCGCCGGUCCCGCCCCUACCGGCGCAAGUGCAGUCGAGAAACACCACGAAUAACACCACAGGUGGUGGUGGUGCGCAGCGACCAGGACCGCACAGAGAAUUAACGCAUCCUGCACCGCAGCAACACUACCCUCCACACUACCACCAGCCCUACCAGCAACAGCAGCAACAGCAGCAGCAAUACAGCCAAGACGACACAAUUCCCGAUCACCAACCCUCUCUCCCCCUCCCUCUCCCCCGAGGCAUCCCCACGCACAACUUCGACCCAGCUACCACAACUCAAAGUCGCAAAUCCACCCGCAUCCUCCCACCCCCGCUGACCCUGAUCAACCCAGGCACUCCGCCCGCCGGCGGCCCCGGCGGCCAGCGCAGUUUGCCCCUCCGCGACGCCUACCCGCUGCAGAGCGCGCCGGCGACGAAGCUGACGGUGCUGGAGCGGCCGGUGCGGCCGCUCGGGGCCCCGCGCACUGGCGUCCCCACGCCCUACAGCCCCUACAUGCCCUUCACGCCUGUCACGCCGCUGACGCCUAGCCGGAUGGUCACUAAGCGGCAGCGGCGGAAGCAGGGGCGGGAGACGGGGUUGCACGUGUUGAAUGAGGAUGAUUUGGUGAAGGGGGGAGGGGAUAUGUGGGGGUAUUGAUUCUACGUUUAUUCUUAUGAGACUGAGGAGAGAGGGACUUGGGUGGUUUGGAGUAUGAUAAUUGGAUUCAGGAUACUGUGAAGGAGCGGCUUAUGAGAUAUGAUUCUGGGUAUGGAAAUAGUCUGAGUGUUUAUAUUGCUCUUCACUCAACUUGUUUGAAUCAAGAGCAUUUUGAAGAUUGGGUAGUUAGCCCCGCUAGGUUGUGUUCGAUGUAAGCGUUCGUUGGAUUGAAGAGCACCGGGGUGCCUACUUUCUUCGGCUCAAUAUCUUGGAGUUCAAACUCAUACCUUCCAAGUACUUGGACUACCUCGUUGGGAUUGAAGCGGGGGGAUCUAGUAUAGUGUAGGCUUUAGAUAGUAGUGGUGUGAUGGCUCGAGGUUUAUGCGUUGGUGAUGAAUCGUGCCUUCGUGGCUGUAUGAUACCAGAAUAUAUACAGAGCCUGAAUUGAACUUGGC